CAAAACUCAUUGAUGCAUAUAUACAUAUACAUAUUAAAAAAAAAAAAAAUAGUUCUUGUAAUUUAGUUAAUUUGGUGAUCAAGAUGAAUAAUUAUGUGGUGAAGGCUGAUAUUUUCUUGUUGUACAGCUUGGUGCUCUUGUUUGUUUAUUUCUCCUCUUUUCCUCAUUCAACUCUUGCUGUCACUUGUUCAGGUGGGAGACCAAAAUCAGUGAGUGAUGAGAACACAGCAGGCAGUCAACAACUAUAUGAUGAGGACAAAUUCCAGAAGAUUAAUAAUGAGAGAAUAUUGGUUUCGAAUUUAAACGAUUACACCCCCACAGGUGCCAAUAGCGGCCGGUCCGGCCAAACGGAACUGUCACCGCCACCGCCACCGUCCAAACGUCGCCAUGUGUAAGGUGGCGGCCCGCAACCACUAAUCAUAUAUAUAAAUAUAUUCACACACUAAAAAUUAGAACAGUUAUAUACAUAUAUAUAUAUAUAUAUAUAUCGUCAUAAAAUAUAAAAUAUAUAUCUA